GCGCGGCACGCCGGAGCCGGAGCCCCCGGGGAGAGCGGCGCAGCUGCCGGCACUCGCGGACGGGAGGGGCGGCGGCGGCCGGAGCGACGUCUGGAGACUAGCGGGGCCGCCAUGGCCGAGUUUCCGUCGAAAGUGAGCACGCGGACCAGCAGCCCCGCGCAGGGCGCCGGCACCUCGGUCUCCGCGCUGCGCCCGGACCUGGGCUUCGUGCGCUCCAGCCUCGGUGCGCUCAUGCUGCUGCAGCUGGUGCUGGGGCUGCUGGUGUGGGCCCUGAUUGCCGAUACCCCGUACCACCUGUACCCAGCCUACGGCUGGGUCAUGUUCGUUGCUGUCUUCCUCUGGCUGGUGACAGUUGUCUUCUUCAUCCUCUACCUGUUUCAGCUGCACAUGAAGUUGUACAUGGUGCCCUGGCCGCUGGUGUUAAUGAUAUUUAACGUGGGCGCCACGGUUCUCUACAUCACGGCCUUCAUCACCUGCUCUGCCGCCGUUGAGCUGACAGCCCUGAAGGGCACCCGGCCGUACAACCAGCGUGCGGCUGCCUCUUUCUUUGCAUGUUUGGUGAUGAUCGCCUAUGGAGUGAGCGCUUUCUUCAGCUUCCAGGCCUGGCGGGGCGUGGGCAGCAAUGCAGCCACCAGUCAGAUGGCUGGCGGCUACGCCUAGGCCCCCCCGCGCCACCACCCACCUUGGGGCUGAAGGCUGCAGCUGGGUCACUGCGCGGGGCGGCCUGCAUGCCCGAGGCCCGAGCCCUUUGUCGAGUCAGCCUGGAAGGGACUACGUGUGCUCCGCUCCACUGCUUAGACCCGGGCUCCUCCUGAGGAAUCAGGAGCCUUCCUCUGGUUUGGCCCAAGUUGGCAAGCGCCUGGGCUGGAAAGAGGCCCGUGGCUGGCACCGCCUGCCCAUCCCCAGUAUUUAGUGGACGGUGACGGGGUGGGGGGAGACGGGGCUCUCCGCUUCUUCUUUAGGAGACUCCGGGGUCCGAGGCUGGGGCCCAGUCUUCUCACCAACACUAAGUACACUAACGAGGACUCAGACCUGCAGCUCCUGGCCCUCCGCAGCACCAGCCUAACACGCCCCAUGUAUUUACCAACGUCUUUGUCCCGGGACCGCAGAGCAAGCUCUUUGAAACCGGCCACAUUCCUUCAACCGCAAGUCUGAUCUGACCCUCCCUCCUUCCAGCCGACAGGCUGCUUCUGGGGAGACAUCCGAGGAAAGAGAGUUAGAAUUUCUGACUGCACGGUCCUCCUUUCCUGCAGUUCAAACAUACCAGUUUUUGAAAUCAAUCGGUUUUAAGCAACUUCUCAGUGAUUAAAACCCUGGCCAGGUUUCCCUCCAUCACCCAAGCCCAUGUUUGUAAUAUUCCCUUUGGGAACAGCUAACCGUGCCACCUGCUUCCCUGACGCUGUUGAUUAGGCACAUGGGACAUGGAGGAGGGAGGGACUCAAGACCUCGCCUGGUAAGUUGUCCCGUGCUUGGUGGUGGCUUGGUCCUCUUUGGAUUUAUUUUUUAUUUUUUUUUUUU